AUGACGAGCAGGCGCGUCCUCACGCUUGCGACUGCAGCACUCUUGCUAGAGGUCCUGCCUCGGGUAGUCGCUCAUGGAAACGAUGGAGGCCAUAUAGACAUUGGCGCGCAUGACGCGCCGCGACCGCAAGUACAGGAUAACGGGCGCCCGCAGAGCUAUUGGAGCUUUCCCGAGCACUCCGGUCUUAUAUACAUACACAUUACUCUUGAGGUAAUAACAUGGGUGGUCAUUCUCCCUGUCGCUGUGAUGUUGAGCAUCGCUCGUUCGCACUUCACCCUCCUGGCCCAGUUCAUCUUCCUCAUCAUAAAUGCGUUCGCGCUCUUACUUGGCAUCGUCUACGACCACAAGACGCCUGAGCUAUACGAAAACAACUCACAUAGUAAGAUCGGAUGGAUAAUAACAUGGAUCGCCUCCGCCUGGGUUUUCAUGGCUCUCGUCCAAGUCUAUACGAAACGGCCUAAAGUGGAUUCUUGGGAAAACCACUCUGUCCACCGGAUGACAACUGCAAACAUGGCACAGUACCAGCGCGUGCAGGGUUCGCAGCUUCCAGAUCCUUCUAGGUGGUCAAAUGAUUCGGGACAGGGCACUGAGCGAAAUUCGGCUUCACUUUACGGCCAUUCUAGAUCGCCAAGCGUCGAGUCUGAAGAUCAGCACUUCACCGGACCUUCGCGGAGAUACAGUCAUGACGACGAAGAUGCCUUCCACGAUGAUUCUGAGAAGCGUGGCAUCCUGCGGAAUACUCCUGUGGAUAGGUUUCUUUCGCGCAACCUCGCACGCUUCGCUGUUGGCCGACCCCUCCGUAUCCUGCGAAUUCUUUAUAUCAUGAUUGAUCGAACAAUCUUGAUUCUUGGUUUCGUUGCCCUCACAACUGGAACGGUAGUGUAUGGAGGCAUCGCGCGCGGAAAUGAUAUCUUCAAUGUGCUUGCACACUACAUCAAAGGGGGAAUUUUCUUUGGAUACGGAUUGUUAACUCUCGGCCGAUGGAUGGGGGCAUUUGCAGAUUAUGGUUGGGCGUGGAAUAUGAAGCCACCUCAGGAGGUCGUGGGUCGUCGGAGGGCGGCUAUACCUUCCGCCGAGUUCACGGAAUCUUUCGUCAUAUUUCUCUAUGGCUGCACAAAUGUUUUCAUGGAACAUUUGGCGGCAUGGGGCGAUGCGUGGACUGCUCAGGACUUGGAACAUGUUUCCAUUUCGGUGAUGUUUUUUGGUGGUGGUAUGUUGGGUAUGAUUGUCGAAUCGCGAAAGAUGAGAGAACUUCUCAACACCUCCGUCCUUUCUUCUCAGCCAGCUUCACAACACAUCGAUGAGCCAUGGCAGCCGCCGAGGCAAUAUGGCUACUCAAUGAAUCCCAUACCUGGUCUCAUCAUCCUUCUGCUUGGCAAGAUGAUGAGCUCCCACCACCAGGACUCGGUGCUCUCCACCAUGAUCCAUACUCAGUGGGGAGGCAUGUUCAUGGGCUUCGCUCUUGCUCGCGCUCUCACCUACAUCACUCUGUACAUCUCUCCGCCGACUUCUUACCUGCCAUCCCGCCCUCCUACCGAGGUCAUCACAGCGUUCUGUCUUGUCGGAGGUGGCAUCACCUUCAUGGUCAGUAACAAGGACACUGUCGCCCGCCUGGAGUCUUACGGCCUCGAUGCCAUGUUCACCUUCACCGUCACCAUGGGCUUCACAGCUCUCAUCAUGGCAUGGACGACAGUGUUGAUGGCUAUCAAGGGUUGGGCAGUGCGCAAGGAGAGCACCAGUCAAUUUGCAAAGCAUAGCGCUGGCGUGCUGGCUUGA